CGCGUAACCAGCAUGCACGUGGCGGAAGCGAAAUAAGCACUGCUAUGGAGAAAGCAGGAAAAACAAAUAAAAGCGGAAUUUCAAAAAAGCUCCGAUCAAUGAAUGAAGAGAGGCCACAUUUGUGUGCCCAUUGUGUCAGUAAUAACUGAAAGACCGUGAAUUAACAAGACAUCGCCAUGUACAACGAGCGUGUACCGGAAAGAAAAUCCUUCAUGGAACGUCUGAAAAACAACAUUAAAAAAAUGGAUGAACUAGAAGAUCCGAACAGCCAAUACCCAAUGCAACCGGUUCUUGAGAUGCAAAAGUCGAAAGGCACAUCCGACACUAGCGAUGCUGGGAGCCCAGUGGAGGACGGACUGUGUUACUUCAGGUUGCGCCGGAAAACCAAAUCUCCAGUGACGACGAAACCCAGUCUUAAACUGGAAGCUAUUCGCCGAUCAAAAGCUGCUGCUAUUCAAGUAUUGCUAUUCGGUCAUGACGAUAUUAGUUUGAAAGAAAGAAUUAAGCAGGAAUUGUACAGACAACGAAGGCAGAUUCGCUAUGUACACGAACCACGAUUUAUGAACUACAUUGACCCUAAUUCUGCAAUCGCUCGCGCCUACGAGUUGAAUCUAAACAGACAAGAAGUACGUCAGGCCUUGUUACAGGUGCUUGAAAUGGUGGCUGGAGACGACAGUGCAACAAGACCGAGUUAGCAAUGACUAAUCUUCAACGUUGGCUUCUGUGGCAGAACAAAGUUCUCGGGCACACAUGACUGACGCUUGCAGUUGAUACUGAUUGAGUUCGAUAUUUUCACCAAAACAUUUCUGUUGUUUGACAAUACUAAAAGAUUAAUUGUUUGA